CUCGCCGGAUGACGCGACGCUUCACAGCGCAGGAGUGAGGUGGACAGAUAAGAAGUAGACGUGUUUGUUUUCUCCCUCUCUCGGUUAUUUUCUACAUUAUCUAAACCAGCUGAAGGAAUUAGAGAUAGUUAAUCGACAUACGGACUAAAUAUGUCCACAGACAGCUAAGAUAGCGAGUUUUUGUACAGAUUCGGCUGGACUGUCAUCGGGUUAACCUGUGGAUCGACUCACUUGGGUUAGGCUAGCUUGUUAGCUAGCGUUAGGUUAGCUAGCGUUAGCUUGCUGUAGCUCGCUAUGCUUCUCCGAGCGGCUGUAGGAGCUCGUUUCUCGUCUAGAACAGACUAAUAGGACUCACAGAAGCUCAUUUUAGCACAUGUUGUUAAAAUGCUGUCGUGUGGGUUCGGUUUAAGAAGCUGAGCGGCUCGUUUGUGCCAUUUGUAAAAAGCUACGAGCGACUGUCGUGCUCUGGUUAGCUAGUGCUAGUGCUAACUAACCCAACAGACUAGCAGCAGUUAAGCUAAAUCUCUGGUUUAGAGGAUCCUGGUGAUCAGCUCCACAUCUGCCAGCAUGGAUUUCCACAGAGUGCUGUCCAUGGCUUCUGAAAAGCAGAGCGGUAGCAAUGCACAGAAGAGAUAUAGCUUGACACCUGGCCCACCCAAAAAAGACCCCAAGGUGAAAGGUGUCAAUUCAGCUGCAGUGCAGGCGUUUCUAAAAAAGCAAGAAACUGAACAUAAAAAGAAAGAACUGCUGAAAAAAAAGGAGAAAGAAGAACUUUUAGCUAAAAGAGUGGAACUGAAAUCUGACAGAAAGGCCCGCGCCAUGGCUUCGCGCACCAAGGACAACUUCAGAGGCUACAAUGGCAUACCUGUUGUGGAACAGCCCAAGAAGAGGCGGUCCAAGGGAGAACCGGGUGAUCAAAUUCAGGACACCAGUGAUGUUUAUGAUGAUGAGGACGAUUAUGAAUAUGCAGAAACUGACUCAGAAUCAGAGCCAGAACCCACACCGGUAAGGCCUCAACCCCGCAGUGAUGGUCCAAGCAAAAUGAGCCAUUCACAGAAAAAACCUAGUGCUCCACCUAAAGGUUCUCGACCCCCAAUGAACUUUGCAGAUCUUUUAAGACUUGCAGAGAAAAAACAGUUUGAACCUGUCGAGUUAAAACCUGUGACUAAGAAACCUGAGGGGAGGCUUCGCACUGCAGAUGAAAUUAGGGAGUUGGAACUUGAGCGCAAGGUUAAGAAACAAGACAGAGGGAAAGACAGUAAAGGUGACAGAAGUUCAGGGCAAAAAGAAAGCAAACCCACCUCAAACUCCCACAAGAAAAAUGGGCAUGACAGGGACAUUAGGGAAGGCAAGCCACAUAAGUCUUCAGGUGAAAAACAACCCAGUGGAGUUAGCAAAGCACCAAAGCAAAACAUGCCAAGUGAGCGGCCGCACAGUUCUGCCAAGUUAUCUAAUGCAAAUGGGUCCAAACAUAGUUCUAGCUCCUCAGGUGCCUUAAGUGGUAAAACUGCCAUAAAAGGUGGUGGCCCAGUCUCAAGCAAGCAAGCAGUACCCAGGCCUCAAUCAGGCCAAAAGACUAGCCCCUCAAGUGACCUUACCUCGAAGAAGGGUUAUCCUGGAUUACCUCAAAAAAGAUCAAGUGGUUCUGGAAGCAGACAUGGAGCUGACUCGAACCCAUCUAGACCGCCAGGCCAUGGGCAGGGCAUCAAAGGAUCUGGCCAGGUCAGACCCGGACAGAGUAUGUCAAGCAAGGGAGGACCUCCUCAAAAGCCUGGAAAGGGAGAAGUGCCGCGAUCUGGGGGUGCCCCCACUCCUCGACCAGGUAACAAUGGACCUAUGAGAUCUGCACCUGGUGGCCCCUCAAAGCAAGCAGGUACACAGCAACCGAGACCUGGAGGUAGUCAGCAGAGUCGUCCGGUGCCUGGAGGAGCAAGACCCUCUGCAAAUGGACCUAGUAGGUCUGGUGGUGGUGUGCCUGCACGACCAUCAAACAGCAUGGGCCAAGGACCUGGAAGACCCCAGUGUACUGGUGUGCCUGCACGACCAUCAAACAGCAUGGGCCAAGGACCUGGAAGACCCCAGUGUACUGGUGUGCCUGCACGACCAUCAAACAGCAUGGGCCAAGGACCUGGAAGAACCCAGUGUACUGUUGUGUCAGAGACAAUUUCAUCUAAGAACUUUGCACCCAAACCAGGAAUGGCUCCAAGGCCUUCGGCUCCCCAAGGACCCAAAACAGUGAUAGGACCAACAGGCCAUAGAAUUCUGGUCAGACCAAAUGGAGUAGCUCUACCACCAAUAACCUCCAGCUACAAGCGGAAGUAUGAAGAUGAAGAAGAAGAAUAUGACUCUGAGAUGGACGACUUCAUUGACGAUGAAGGAGAAGAGCAAGAUGAAAUUUCUAAGCAUAUCAGGGAAAUCUUUGGCUAUGAUCGAACCAGAUACAAAGAUGAGAGCGACUAUGCGUUAAAGUAUAUGGAAAGCAGUUGGAAGGAACAGCAGAAGGAGGAGGCAAGAAGCCUGCGUAUGGCUGUGCUUGAGGAUCAGGAGGAAGAACGACGAGAGCUGGAAGAGAUGAAAAGAACAGCAGCUAAAAGGAGAAAAUGACAUGAUUGUUAUGUAACUGAUUUGCGCGCCAGGAUGGGCACAGAAAUUCAGCCACCACUGUUUACCUUAAUGCGCCUUUGUUUUUUCUCUGCUUCAGUUUACGCAUGGGUAUCAAGGAAGAUGAGGAGGACAUGCGUAUGGAGGAGGAGGAGAUGAAAAGAAAACAAGCAAUGAAAGCAAAACAGAGAAAGACUUGAUGUGUGGUUUUUGAUGGACUGGCAUUGUGUGAAGAUUCAGGGUUUGAAAUUUCCUUGUGCCACUGUGCAAUUAAUGUUACGUUAUUUAUUUCAGAUAUGCACUAUCAAGAGAUCAUCUCUCAUAGCUGAGCUGUAGAGAAAGUACAAUAUAAUAAUGAGUCACUAACAUUUUUAUAUCCAUGAUGAUGAAAUUAUGUGGGCUGCCUUGGAAUACAAAGCGACAACUUUCAUUACUUCAUUAUUUCAUUAUUUGUUCAGAAUGUCACACAGAUUGGGAGUCUUAUUUUACUACUUGUAAUAUUCAAUUGCUGACUGAAAUGAGAAGCUGCAAUUUUGCAAUGUAUUUUCAUUUUUCUUGUUAAAGUGUUUUGACAGA